GGCGGCUGGAUACACUUCAUUCACCGUCCAUCAGCAUGACGUGUUCGUGCGGGUGUCCCGCAUCAUCACGAAUCAUGAUGCACAUAAAUCCAUACACACAUACACGCAGCAAACAACGAAACCAUCCGGCCCUCUCUGCUGUCACUGUCUUGUCAGCUGACGACAGACGCCUUACUUAUCAGAAAUUCAGUCGCCCAUUGACUGAUUGACUGACUGACUGACUGAUGGGCUGCACCACGUACGAGUGAAUGAAUGAAUGAAUGGGCCAUCCAUCGAAGGACCUGACUAUAUCAGGAAUGGAAAACCUGCCUGCCUUUCUCCGCCGUCCCAUCCUACUAUAUCUGCGGCACAGCCGCCCCUUGCGGCACCGCAGCACUCAAGCCCCUCUGCUGCUCCUCCAUUGCCCUCUCUUGCGCCCGCAACUGCUGCUUGUACUGGCCGGGGGAGACCCUCUCGUCAUCAGGCACGCUCCAGAUGUUGACCCGCCGCUGUUUGGCCCGCUGCUCGAGCGACUCGAGUGUGUCCUUGUUGCCGUUGUACUCGGCCCCACCGCCCCGAUAGAUGACAGCCAGCCCGUUGUCCACCAGCUCCUGCGACACGUCGACGGCACCGCCUCCGAAGAACAGGAAGGCGGGCGGCUUCUGGUAGGUCACGGCGGCAAUUGCACGCCCGUACUGGUCUCGACGGAGCAGCUUCACCUGCACACACGACCACACCCACCAUGCCAUACAAUGGCACAGGUGUGUGAGUGUCGGUUCCGCUGACCUCAACGAGCUGGUCUUGUAGCCGCUCUUUGACGAACGCCUUUGCCUCCUCGCCAUAGGGCUGCCCUGCAUUGCCGAACUUGGCUGUCUCGGGCGUGUCGACGCCAUACAGGCGGAUGGAGAGGGUGGUGUCCCGCAGCCGACCCUUCUCGUCCUGGGCGCCGCCGCCGCGCCCCACGUCCACCACGUGGCGGCAUCUGAUGGUGUCGCCGUCGGCUACAUUGACCACACGACAAGCCAGCUUGGCCUUCUUGUUGAACUGUUCUGCGGGAAUGUCGUCCACCGUCCUGACACACACAACAUGACACCCAUAACACAAAGCACGUCAGCAGAUCUGGUGUUUUGUCUCUUCCCUGCUUACUUGUAGAGCGUUGUUGAGGCGUCUGCAUCACCUGGCAACACGACGCACAAGCCAGACACCGCCAAUGAGCCCUCAGCGAUGCGCCGCUCCCACAGUGAGCGUCGGCAUGAAACAACAGAUGCAUCAUCGGCAUGACUGUGUGCACACAACGUCACGUGUGGUGGACGGCUGCCAUGGCGUGCAGGCGGGGACAGUGCAGCAGGCCUCAAGAAGCCAUGAGCAAGAUGCAAGACUGAGAGAGCGAGCAGGAAGAGGAACUUGCCUGUUGGUGCAGAGGAGAUGCAGCUGCCCAUGGAUGGGAGAUCUGCGG